AUGUCUUUAAAAGGUUCACGUAUUGAAUGGAUUGAAAAUGAUUACCAUAAGGAAGGAAUAAAUAUUAUGGGAACAUGCCAGAAUAUGUGUCCAUUACAAGAAGUUAAUUUGAGGAAAAGAGAAAAAUUAGUGCAUGUUCUAGAGCUGACAGACUCUGGAUAUAAAAUGGUGAAAAGUUAUAGCCGUUCAGCCGCGAGUGCGAACAUGUCAGUGCCUCAACUGUUGAGACCUUAUUCCAUACUCAUGAAUACAGUUAACUAUUUAUUGUUAGAGGUAUCAAGGAGAGAAGAUGUUAAGAUGUCUGUAAUGUAUGACUUUCUAAAUGACAGAUUGAGGGCUGUAAGACAAGAUAUGACUAUCCAAAGUCUACCACCGGAAGAAUGCACUGUUUUAUUAGAACCCAUGAUAAGAUUCUAUGUCUAUUAUGGUUACCGAUUAUGUGAUCAUCCAUUAAAUCAAUAUGACCCAGUUCUUAAUAAAAAAUAUUUAUUAGAAUGCUUGAAAUGGUUUCUUAGUUGUUCUGAUACUUUGGACAGAAAGGUAGAUGUUGAUGCAAUUGCCGAUGACUUUAUAAGUUUAAACAUAAGCAAUACAGAGAAGCUGUUAUGUGAUAGAAUAUUGAUAGAAAGUCUAUACAUUAUAUGUAAUCUGGACGAUGUUCACCCACUGUAUAGAUAUUUGAGUUUACCAAAAAAUAUAAAGAGAAAUUAUUCAUUAGCGGUAGCUUAUAAUAUAGCUGUUGCAAAUCUCAAUGGUAAUUAUAUAAGAAUGUGGAAGUUAUCAAAACGGCUUUGUCCACUAACAUUUUCUGCUUUCUGUUUGUACCUACCUUUGAUUCAAAGAAGAGCUAUCCAAGUAUUGAGUCACGCCUACAACAGCAAGCAGUGGGCUGUUCCAGUGAAAGUGGUACAAAAAUGGCUGGCAUUUAACAGUGAGGAUGAGUUGCGCUCAGUGUGUGCUUAUUAUGGGUUGACGGCAACUGACACUGUUUUAUUUAAUAAAAGCAAAUUUAAAUCGGAUGUCGAAACGCUCCAACCAGCAAAAAAUUUUCAAGCUAAAGUACUACAAUUGAAGUUACAAGACGUUCUUACAUAUAGAAUA